AGUCUUAGCCCUUUCAGGAAAAAGAAAUAUAAAGUUUUUACUCUUUUGAUCAUCUGGGUAUGGCGAAAUUGAGAAUCGGAGGGACAUGGGUGGGCGUUUUAGAGUUAGAAUUGGAGAAUUGGACGGUGGCAAUGUUGAGGGAGGAGGUAGCCAAGCGAUCGAACGGCCUUCGCCCCGACUCCAUCAACCUCAUUUCCGCCGGUAAAGUUUUGAAGGACGGCGAUGGGUCCCAGAAGUUAAGCCAAUUGGGUAUCAGAAACAAUUCCAAGAUUCUGGCCAGCCGUGUCUCCGUCGAUGAAGGCAAGUCCUUGAAACAAGAGCUGAUGGCCGAGGAAGAGCGCUCUCGUAGACUUGCUCGAGUCAAGGCAGCUGCCACUGCACUUUCCCAGAGACACGUAGAUGGUUCGUUGCCAGUUGAAGACUUCAAUAUUGAACUUGAAAACCAGGGAGGACAAAAAGUGCAACUAGGAACCGAGACUGAUCAGCGGGCAGUGAUGAUGGGUUUGAUGCUUCAUGAAAAUGCAAAGAAUCUACUUAGGAGACAACUGUAUAAAGAUGCAUUGGAAGUGCUUACCAUGGGGGAGGAGGCUUUCUCACUUUGUGAUCCCAAGGUCCUUGAGUUCAUUGACAAUGUACCAAUACUGCAAAUAGACAUGGUGUGGUGCUAUUUCUUGCUUCGAGACAUUAGUUGGCUUUCAGUAGCAGGGAUACGCCUUGAAAAAUCCAGAGAAGGACUUGAACGUUGUCAUGGGAAGGAUUUUUCCCGUGUUAGACUCCUUCAAGCUGGUUGCCAGCCAGAGCUUGCAUUACACAUGAGGUUGGAGUUGUUGGAAGGAGUGGUGGCAUACCAUAAUGGUCAGUUCCAUAAAUCUAAAAUGGCACUGACAUCUGCACAAGCAAAAUUCUCAAAGUUACAAGUGUCUGACGAAGCCUUAUCUCAUGUUAUGAGCAUGGGAUUUAAGGAACAUGAUGCAAGGAGGGCAUUACGAUUGAACAAUCAAGAUAUGGGGAGAGCUGUUGAUUUUCUUUUCGAGGAAAAAGCAAAGAGAGCACAAAAGCGAGAGGAUGAUAUCAGGCACAAAGAGGAAAUCAUGGAGCUGAAGCAAUAUGGAGUAACACCAUUGAAGAAAGCUGUGAAUCUUGACAAAUUGAAAGAAUUAGUGGCUAUUGGAUUUGAGAAGAAACUUGCUGCUGAAGCCCUUCGAAGGAACGAGAAUGAUUUUCAAAAGGCAUUGGAUGAUCUGACCAAUCCAGAAACUAAUUCUACCAUCCAGCUUGAUAUUGAAUUAAGGAAAAGGAAACGAAAGGAACGAGCUGCAAAUGCUAGAAUUGAAGAGCUUGUAUCCAUGGGAUUUGACAGAUCUAUAGUGGCUGCUGCCGUUGCUGCCAUUCAGUCUGAUGAAACUAUGGAGCAAACAUUGAGUCGACUGCUAUCAGGAUUUCAGCCACCACUCCCUGGUGUUGAUGCUUACAGCAUCUUGAAUCCUGAUAUUGCGAGUACCAAUGACAGUGCUGAAGGCACGUCAACUGCUGCAGAUGAAGAACGGGACGUGGAGAUGGAAGAUGAACUUGCAAGAGACAUAGAAGGUGCCGAUGCGUUAUCGGACUAUGACAUUGAAGUCACAAAGGAAGGUGAAGCAAUACAGGAGUAUUUGACUAUUUUGGCCUCAACGGAUAGCAAGGAAGCUCAGUCUUCGGGAUGUGAAAAAUAAUUCUGAACAAAUUACUAGUACACAUCUGUGAAGAGGAUGCACCCACUGAUACAGGCCUCUGUACAGUAGUAAAUGCCAAUAAUUUUAGUUUUAUGAUUUAGAACGAAAAAAAAAAAACAGAAUAGCUCUUUCUACAACUACAAAAGGCUUGUAAUUUCACAUUUGAAUCCUUUUAUCCUUAAUUAUCAG